GGGGGGGCGACGUCACACUCGCGAACGAGUCGCCGUCGGGUUCGGUUCCCCUGCUGAUGUUUCGCUUUCGGGCAGCCACUGCAAUUCGAUUAAUUUCAUUUUCCCCUCAUUGGGCCCCCAGCCAAGCGGAGGUUUCCAGCGAUUAGUGAUCAAUCCCAGACGAAAACAUCAUGAAUGAAUGCAUGAAUUAGAACUCGAUUCUUAUCUGUAGUCGAAUUCCCCGAAAUUCAGCUGCAUGCUAUGCACAUAGUGCCGCCGACAGUGACCAGUGUCCGAUUGUCGUGUCAAGGAACCCUUUUGUCAGCAAUUUCCCAUUCAUUUCAGUGUCGGAUUCCACAACAGCUGGAUAGCUUCAUAAUAUUAAUCACUGCCAUAGCCAAACUUGAGUGUUAUCGGUAGGAGAGGGCGACUUAAUGUUAUGGCUGACAAACGCCUACUGCUGGAACGAUGCGACACCACGGAGACGGAGAGGCUGGUCGUGCAUCUGGCCAAGGGGCCCAAGGGUCGACUGCUGCCGUGCAGCUGUCUGCUGCGCAGGAAAUCGCUGCUCGGACUCAUUGGCACCUUAAUAUUCUGUUACUUUCUCAUCGGUCGGGCGGAGUGGGCGAGAGUCCUCGAUCUGGAUGGCCUGCAUAGCGACAACUAUUACACGGUCCAUCAUAGUUCCGAUGUGCCCGGCAUGGAUGAUCUGGUUGAUGAUAUUGAAAGUAUUAAUUUUGUGCCGGAAGGCUUCCUCGUGUACAGCAAUUCCUGCAAGAUCAAAGAGGUCGAUCCGUACAAGCCGGAGGUGAUGCGCCACUUUAAGCGCGUCAAGUACGUGCCCUGCAAGAAGCAGCCGCCCCUCACCUACGUGCAAUUCAACGAGCUAUCGCAGAGCUAUUUCCUCAGCAUGAACGGCUCCGCCUUCCCGCACUACAAAGUGGGCUCGUCCAUCCACUGCUGCUACAUGGAGGUGCACCGGAGGAACGAGACGGAGGUGGCAUAUUCCAAGUGCCACCGCUUCACACACCAGGCAGUGCUGCCCAAUACGGUGGAGGGCAUAAUUGUCAAGUGCACAUCGAAUAACGAACAGAUCUACAUCAAUGGACAUGCCACGAUACCCGUCAAGAGGGACGUGCAGCAGCGGCUGAGAGUCAGCGUGGACAGAAAGGAAAAGCAGCGGCCGCCCAGCGUGCUGAUGCUCGGCAUCGACAGCAUCUCGCGGGCUAAUCUUAUACGGGCCAUGCCCAAGACAGCCCAGUACUUGUACGACAACGAAUGGUUCGAGCUGGCUGGCUACAACAAGGUGGACGAUAAUACUUUUCCGAACAUCAUGGCCCUGGCCACCGGCUACGAUCUGACGAGCGCGAAUAGGGAAUGCUCCCCGUAUGUGGUGGGUGGCCUGGAAAAGUGUAAAUUCAUCUGGAAUCUGUACGGGGAGCAUGGCUAUGUGACAGCCUACGGGGAGGACGCCAUACAGAUCAACACAUUCAACUAUCUGAAGGAGGGUUUCGUGAAGCCGCCCGUGGACUACUAUCUGCGGCCAUAUCUGUCCGCUGCUGAGGACAAGCUGCAGCGCACCAUAGUCAUGGGCCUGCCCCACUGUCUGGGCUAUGAGACGGCGGCGGAGCAUGUGUAUGACUAUGCCAUGGAGUUCACGCGUCGCUUUCGGAACGACACCUACUUCGGCUUCUUCUGGACGAACACGCACAGCCACAGCGACAUCUCGCAGACCAGCAGCAUGGAUGCGUAUAUGGUGCGCUAUCUGGAGCGUCUGGUGCGCCAGGGGACGAUGGACAACAGCGUGGUGGUGUUCUUCAGCGAUCAUGGCUUGCGUUUCGGACCCACACGGAACACCUGGUCGGGCCAUCUGGAGGAGCGACUGCCCGCCAUGUUCAUUUGGCUGCCAACGCAUCUGCGGCAGGCACAUCCAAAGAUCGUUGAAGCUCUGCACCUGAAUCGCAAUCGUCUCACCACGCCCUACGAUCUGCACAUGACACUGAAGCACAUACUUGCGCUGUCCGGGCGCACCGAUGGCCUGGAGUCCCUGGGAUCGGCCCCCUCCUGCCCACAGUGCCAGAGCCUGCUGCGGCCCGUUCCGGAGCAGCGGGCCUGUGCGGAUGUGGGCAUUGAGGAUCACUGGUGCACAUGCUGGUCAUACGACAAAAUCUCGACCGGUUCCAAGCAGACGAAGCAGCUGGCACUGCAUGUCGUCAGCCACAUCAAUGAGUUUGUGCACGGCUUCCGUAACGGAUCGGUGGCCAAGCUCUGUAUGCCGCUCACCCUGUCCUUCGUCAAGUCCGCCUAUCAGGCACACCGAAAUGCCCUUGAUCCGGAGAACAUGCGUACGGUACGCCUAACCCUAGUCACAUUGCCCAGCAAUGCCCUGUUCGAGGCGACAGUGCGGCACAAUCAGACGGACGACAGCAUGACGGUGACGGGAUCGGUGAGUCGCCUCAACAUGUACAUUGGGGAGUCGGACUGCGUUUUGGAUUCGGCUGCCAAGAAGUAUUGCUGUUGCAGGAAAAACAAAACAAAAAAGGGAUAGUACGAGUAUCGGAUAAGAGGAUAAGCCCCCAAGCUAGCCAGCCCCCAAGUGCCGCCAGAUUUGAAUCUGGUAUUAGCUACAAUAAACCUGUACAUAGAUUGCUUAAGCUAGUCCUAGUUGCCCAAUGUACAUACACAAUAUAUAUAUAUAUAA